AUCGGCUCAGAUAUCCUAUAGACGGAGGAUGCAGUCACAUGAUUGUUACCGCUUCCUCCCCAUGACAUCACUGCUUUUGCAGCCAUACCACCCAAGAAAGGAUGCUAUUAAAAGCUUUGGGACUGAGCUAUAUGAUGCUGCAUCACAGGGCUGUGAGAAAUAAGUCUGUGCCUCUGCCAGAAAACUGAGAAUGACUCAGCUGCAGCUUGAUCAGACAUAGGAUCCUAAUAUGGUCAAUGCAGGAGACAUGAAUGGUUCUGGCAACCUGAUGGAUUUUCUGGAUGAGCCUUUCCCAGAUGUUGGAACUUACGAAGAUUUCCACACAAUCGACUGGCUGCGGGAGAAAUCGCGCGACACCGACCGCCACAGGAAGAUUACCAGCAAAAGCAAGGAAUCCAUAUGGGAGUUCAUCAAGAGUUUACUGGAUGCCUGGUCAGGAUGGGUUGUAAUGCUUCUGAUAGGACUACUGGCAGGCACAUUAGCUGGAGUGAUAGAUUUAGCUGUGGAUUGGAUGACAGACCUGAAAGAGGGUGUCUGCCUGUCUGCCUUCUGGUACAGCCACGAGCAGUGCUGCUGGACAUCUAAUGAAACUACAUUCGAUGACAGGGACAAAUGUCCCCAGUGGCAGAAAUGGUCUGAACUUCUUGUAAGCCAGUCUGAGGGUGCAAGUGCUUACAUUCUAAACUAUUUUCUAUACAUUAUGUGGGCUCUAUGUUUUGCUUUCCUGGCAGUCUCCCUGGUCAGAGUGUUUGCUCCCUAUGCCUGUGGCUCUGGAAUCCCAGAGAUAAAAACCAUCUUGAGUGGGUUCAUUAUUAGGGGCUACCUGGGAAAGUGGACACUUUUAAUCAAAACAGUCACCUUGGUUCUGGUGGUAUCUUCAGGCCUCAGCCUUGGGAAAGAGGGGCCGUUAGUCCACGUGGCCUGUUGCUGUGGAAACUUCUUCAGCAGCCUCUUCUCAAAGUACAGCAAGAAUGAAGGCAAGAGAAGAGAGGUGCUUUCGGCUGCAGCUGCCGCAGGAGUUUCUGUUGCCUUUGGGGCUCCGAUUGGAGGAGUGCUUUUUAGCCUGGAAGAGGUCAGCUACUACUUUCCUCUGAAAACCCUCUGGAGAUCAUUUUUUGCUGCUCUCGUAGCUGCCUUCACACUGAGGUCCAUCAAUCCUUUUGGAAACAGCCGUCUGGUCCUGUUCUAUGUGGAGUACCACACGCCUUGGUACAUGGCUGAGCUCUUCCCCUUCAUCCUGCUUGGCGUCUUUGGUGGCCUGUGGGGGACUCUCUUUAUCCGGUGCAAUAUUGCCUGGUGCAGGAGGAGAAAAACUACCAGACUUGGGAAAUACCCAGUCCUGGAGGUCAUAGUGAUAACAGCUAUCACUGCCAUCAUCGCCUACCCCAACCCCUACACCCGACGGAGCACAAGUGAGCUGAUCUCAGAGCUCUUCAACGAUUGUGGUGCCCUGGAGUCAUCACAGCUCUGUGACUACAUCAACGACCCAAACAUGACCCGACCAGUGGAUGACAUUCCUGACAGACCUGCUGGCCCUGGAGUCUACACAGCCAUGUGGCAGCUCGCCUUGGCUUUGGUGUUUAAAAUUGUCAUCACCAUAUUCACGUUCGGCAUGAAGAUCCCAUCAGGCCUUUUCAUUCCCAGCAUGGCAGUUGGAGCCAUGGCUGGCAGGAUGGUUGGGAUUGGAGUAGAGCAGCUGGCAUAUCACCAUCAUGACUGGAUCAUCUUCAGGAACUGGUGUAGACCUGGGGCAGACUGCGUCACACCGGGACUUUAUGCUAUGGUGGGAGCAGCAGCUUGCUUGGGUGGCGUUACCCGAAUGACGGUUUCUCUGGUGGUGAUUAUGUUUGAGCUAACUGGAGGCCUGGAGUACAUUGUACCUCUGAUGGCUGCAGCUGUCACAAGCAAGUGGGUGGCAGAUGCCUUUGGGAAAGAAGGGAUCUAUGAAGCUCACAUUCAUCUCAAUGGUUACCCGUUUCUGGAUGUGAAGGAUGAAUUCACCCACCGAACCUUGGCAACAGACGUGAUGAGACCGAGGCGCGGGGAGGCUCCUCUGUCUGUUCUGACGCAGGACAGCAUGACAGUGGAGGAUGUGGAGACACUAAUCAAGGAGACUGACUACAAUGGCUUUCCAGUAGUGGUUUCCAAGGACUCUGAGAGACUUAUUGGAUUUGCACAGAGACGAGAGCUGAUUCUUGCUAUAAAGAAUGCCAGACAGCGUCAGGAUGGAGUGGUGAGCAACUCCAUUGUGUACUUCACUGAAGACCCCCCUGAACUGCCACCCAACAGUCCCCAUCCCCUGAAGCUCCGGCGUAUUCUCAACCUGAGCCCUUUCACUGUCACUGACCAUACACCGAUGGAGACGGUGGUUGAUAUUUUCAGGAAGCUUGGGCUCCGGCAAUGUCUUGUCACUCGCAGUGGGAGGCUGCUGGGUAUCAUAACUAAAAAGGAUGUAUUAAGACAUAUGGCUCAAAUGGCAAACCAGGACCCUGAAUCUAUCAUGUUUAACUAGACUGGUAAAGGAAGAAGAAAGUAACCCCAGAGGAAUCCCUUCUAGGUUAACGCAAAGGCUACAUUUGGUAUUUCAUUUUGUUUCAAGAGCAAAUGUAAUGUGUGUGAGGAAUGACCCAAUAUGCCUCUGACAGAGGGAUUGGAUGCAGGAUGGCACUUAUUUAAUGAGGAAGGCAGUUUAGAAGCUCUGAGCAGCUGCAGACAUCAAGCUGUGUUUCCUUAAUGAGAUUCUCAACAGCUCAAUUGGAGUGUUGGUGUGUAUAAAUGAUGUGGUGCUUAGAGACCAGGAGCCAGGAGCACCAGUGGGGUGCAUCAGUAUUCACAGUAACUCCUGCAGCAGGUGUGAAGACUUGCAGACACUGCUUAUGUAUAAACUGUUGAGAGAUACAAAGAUUUAUGUUCCAGACUGAAGAGUGUAUAUGAGUAAUGUCUGUUGCUUUUGUUACUGAAAUGAUGGCUAUUUAUUUGCUACUGAAUUAUACCAUUUUCAUGAGAGGGGAAAAAAAAUGGCCAUAUUUUAAAAUGAAAAAAAAAAAUGUCAUCUUCAUUUAUUUUUGUAGAAAUUAAGUGAACCAAGACUGGAGUUAAAGGAGCAACACCACAUUUCCAUUCACUCCAAAAUCUAGUGUCCCCUGCUCCCUGCCUUAGUUGUUUGGUUUUUACAAAGUUUAGCACUUCUGUCCAUCAACUCCCCUUUAUUACUGUUGGGAUGUUACUUACUUGUAAGGAUAUAUUAUUUCUCUAUGCAACUUUGCAUAUAGGUGUGGUAUCAUUUAGUAUUAUGCUGCUUGUUGUGGACAAAACAAGAGAAAAACAAGCGUAGAAGCCCAGGGAGAAAUUUUCAAAGACACUAAAGGGAGACUGGUAUCCAUUUCUCCUCAGUGUUAGUGACAAGAGGUUGAAUCCUUCCUCUGUUUCCCUUUGUGUACAUCGUCACUGUUCACAAACUAAUGAAGUUCUGCAUUGAUUCUUGAUUUUCCGUUUAGUUCCUUUUCAUCAUUGCUGCUUCACGACAUUGAACUGCCUUGCCAAGAGAUUGCUGAAGUUGUUAGCAGUCACAGAUAUUUAUUGUUAGCAGAUCUACUCUUUAAUGCAUCUGCCACUCAUAGGACUAUGGAAUCCCUCCCCACAGCACUGUGGCUGGAUAAGGUCAAAGGGACUGAGAAUGUUAACAAGGCUAGCAAAGCUUUAAUUAUUGAUCUGUGUGCAGUAAGAACUCAAGAUUUAACAGCCGCUGGUAAGGACACCUCCAACUCUCUCAGGUAAAAAUGUUAAAUUUUCCUAAACCCUCAUUCUGGUCCUUUGUGAGAUUUGUAAAGUUGACAUUGUCUGUGUUAAUAUACUAGCACUUUAGUGAAUAUUGCUGUCAGUAACACAUGACCAAAUUCUACUCUAACGUGCAGUCCACACUGUCCAUUGUUUGCUUUAUGGCCGCAGACUUAGAGAUUGGAGAGAGACGCUGCAUCCUAAUGUCGAUGCCCUGAAACACCUUCAGACCCUCAGAGAGUCUGGUCCCUUCAUUUAUAUUUCAAGGAU